AUGCGUUUCGGCACAUUGCUCGUGAGCAGCUUGCUCACCAUCGCCUCAGCCAUCCCACCAGCUACUAUCGAGAAACGAGACGCCGCCAGCAUCCCCAGCGCCGUCAAAACCCUCCAAUCCAAACUCACCACCCUCAACAGCACCGUGACUUCCUUCCACCAAGGCGACCUCGACGGCUUACUCAAAGUCCUGAAAAUCCAACUACAAUCCACCGACGUGGGCAACGCAGUCAAGUCCGCAACUUCGACCGCUCAAGCAUCCCAACCUAUCCCGGCAGAUAAUUCCACCAGCACCCUGAACAACCAGGUCGCGGCUGCUGUGCUAGCGCUCAAGGAUAGCUUGCAAUCUUUCCUUACAAACCCGCAAUCGAAGAAAUCUGCGUUUGAUAGCGUUGUUGCGAUCAUCUCGGGUUACAGCGAUGAGCUCGGUACUGCUAUUACUGCCAAACUUGCGUCGCCAUAUAAGGAAUUUGGACCACUCAUUGCUCGUCAGAUCGAUGGGGAUUUUGACCAGGCGAUCCAGACGUUUUCGCAGCGCGGUGGUGUGAUUUCGCUUCCAGCUCUGCCGAUCAAGAAGGAAUAA